AUGCAGAUUGCAGAAAUGAGCAAGAAUCUUCAGGAAUUGGAGAAGACCAGGAAGCGAGUGCAGCAAGAAAAGUCAGACCUCCAGGCUGCCCUGGAAGAGGUGGAGGGUUCCUUGAAGCAUGAAGAGGGCAAGAUUUUGCGUGUCCAGCUAGAGUUGAACCAGCUGAAAUCUGAGCUUGACCACAAGAUCACUGAGAAGGAAGAAGAAAUCGAGCAGCUGAAAAGAAAGAGCCAGCGGGCAGCAAAGGCCAUAAGAAGAUGGAGAGAGACCUCAGUGAGAUGGGAGAUUCAGCUGGGCCACUCCAACCGCCAGGUGGCAGAGACCCAGAAACACCUGUGCUCAGUCCAGAGCCAGCUCAAGCUGCAUCUGGAUGACGCCCUGAGGAGCAGCGAGGACCACAAGGAGCAGCUGGCCCUCGUGGAGCGCAGGAAUGGCCUCUCGCUGGAGGAGCCGGAGGAGAGGAAGGUGGCCCUGGCGCGGACGGAGCGCACCCGCAAGCUGGCGGAGCACGAGCUGCUGGAGGCCAGCGACCGCGUGCAGCUCCUUCACUCCCACAACACGUGCCUGAUAAAUACCAAGAAAAAACUGGAAGCUGACAUAGCCCAAUGCCAGGCAGAGGUGAAGUCUAUCCAGGAGUCCAAAAAUGCAGAGGAGAAGGCCAAGAAGGAUGUCAAGGAUGCGGCCAUGAUGGCCGAGGAGCUGACAGAGAAGGAGCAGGACACCAGCGCCCACCUGGAGCGGAUGAAGAAGAACCUGGAGCAGACGGUGAAGGACCUGAAGCACCGCCUGGACGAGGCUGAGCAGCUGGCCCUGAAGGGUGGCAAGAAGUACAUCCAGAAGCUGGAGGCCAGGGUACGUGAGCUUGAAGGAGAGUAGGUUGAAAGUGAGCAGAAACGUAAUGCUGAGGCUGUUAAAGGUUUGCGGAAACACGAGAGAAGAGUAAAGGAACUCACCUACCAGACUGAGGAAGACCGCAAGAAUGUUCUCAGGCUGCAAGACCUGGUAGAUAAAUUACAGGCAAAGGUGAAAUCAUACAAGAGGCAAGCUGAGGAGGCUGAGGAACAAUCCAAUGCUAAUCUUGACAAAUUCUGCAAGCUCCAGCACGAGCUGGAGGAGGCCGAGGAACGGGCUGACAUUGCCGAGUCCCAGGUCAACAAGCUGCGGGUGAAGAGCCGGGAGAUUCACACACAAGUCAGUGCAGAGUGAACACAUCUGCCUGAUGCUGCCAAGGGGCUGAAGAAAUGCACAAAAUGUGCCAUUUUGGGUCACUUGCUUUGUGAUGUUUUUCUCCUCAUGUUGAAUAAAUAAAAACUACAGUGAACUGAUAAA